CAGAAAAACAAGGGCAAAACGGUCCCUACUCGAGAAGCCUCAUUGCCCAACAGUUCAGCGGCCGGUACAAUGGUGCUCGAAAGCUUCCUGGCCAAGAUCGUCAACAAGUUUUGCAGCCGCUUCGUCAAAGACUUCAAGAAAGAGAAUUUGACGAUCUCGCUCUCGGGGGACGUAUGCCUCAGCGACUUUGAGCUCAAUACCGAUGAGAUCAAGGACCUCCAGCUGCCCGUGGAGCUCAAGAGCUUUGCUGUCGGGAAGCUUCACAUCAACAUACCGCUCACGCACCUCUCGACUCAGUCGAUCAAAGUCGACGUCACGGACGUCUACGUGCUUCUGGGAACACCAAGCGACCCGAAAUGGGACAUCGACGCGCUUUACGUCUCGGAACAGUCGAAGAUUUUCAUUUUGCAGCUGCUCCUUGACCUCUUCUCGCCGCCGCCCGUUGCGCCUCAAGGCGGGACCCCAUCAGCGUCGUCGGUGCACAUCGCACACGGCCCGCCCAAGGCUUCCAAGUCCGCGCAGAUGUUUACGCCGUCGGUCGUUGCCAUCUUGCGCAACGCGUCGAUCGCUCUCGAGCGCGUGCACGUGCGAUUUGAAGACGGACUCAGCGGCCUCUCGCUCGACACACCAACGUCGUUUGCGCUGGGCUGCACCAUCAAAAGCGUCAACGUCCUCCCGUCGACGCAAACAAUCGGGUCGCAGGACCACGUGAAAAGUGCCAAGCUCAACGGACUCGCGAUAUACUUCAAGAAGGAUGCGUUGAUCGAGAAGCUUCCCAAAGACGCCCAGCGCGCGGCCUUUCGAGCGCCGUUCGAUGCCCCGGCACCCGUGACGAGCGGCAAGGACGACAUGUACCUCUUGGAGCCUCUAUCGGCUGACGUGAGCGUGCAAAUGACGCUGCCCGUCGCACCCGACGGCAGUGUUCGCCCCACGCAAGUUGGCGUCAAGCUCACUGUGCCGGACGUGCGUGUCAAUCUCGCCCACGCCCACUACACGUACCUCGGAUCGUUCCUCGACGGCGUCGAUCGCUUCGAUCGCUUCACGCUCUACCGGCGCUUUAAACCCAAAGACGCUGGAAAAGGCGUCAAGAAGAACUGGCGCGACUACUGGCGGUUUGCGAUCGCCGCCGUGCUCAUCGACCUCAACGACCCCGUGCGUCAGCGCCCUACGUGGCGAAACACGCUCAACCUCGUGCUCGUGGGCCUUCAGUACACGGCGAUUCGGCGCAAGGUGCUUCCGUACCUCAUUCGACAGCCCAUGGACGCGGAUCACCAUUUUCUACAGUACCGCGAGGACUUCAAGCACAACGCGCUGCACGCCCACGCACCGUACGAUCAAGCGUUGUCGCUUACGAUCCAGAAACUCCCGGCCAGCAUCACGGCGUUCGGGGAUGGCAUCUACGCGGGCGUCUAUGGUCUCGCACGCAUCGCUCCGGCAGUGGCAGCAAAGACAACGACGACGACAGACGUCCGUCCCCCAGAGCCCGUGGCGCCGGCGCUGUCCUCGGCAGAAGCCGAGGCCAAGGAAUUGUGGCACCGGCAGCUAUGCAUCGACGCAAUGUUCCGACCCGUCGUAGUUGCCAAGCUCCGCGCGUUGGCCGUACGCCAGGUGGACCACAAGCAGCUGACGGCAAUUGCGAUCGCAAAAGAUCACAACGAGCGCAAGGGUGUGCUCACCGUGACACUUGUGGACGCCACGAGCCUUUCCAAGUCCAUGCAUCUCUUCCCCAAGAUGAAGAUUGGCCGGAAAGGAGCAGCCUACACCGGCGGCCUCGUCGCGACGGACACGGACAACGUCCUCUUCUCGCAGACAUUCGAGUUUCAUCUCGAGGGCACGGCGAACGAAGGCAACGUGCACAUCCACCUUUUCGACAAGUGGCCCAUGUUUAGCCAGUUUGUGGGCAAAUUCCGACUGCCACUCGCGUCGCUCACGUCCCAGCCACACACGGACGCUGUGUACACCAUUGAGGCCGCUGAUCCCAAAACCGCCGGCAUCCAACUGCGUGUGCUCACCGUUUUCCACCUGGGCACGUCGAGUUCGAGCCCCGAGGCGACCUACAAGACGUCGCAUGCGAUGAUGGAAGCCACGUGCCCCGAGCAGUACGCCAUGAAGACGCACGAGUGGCACUCAUGGUACACGGCGAGAGAAGCCACAACACUGCAAACGGUGACGGUGUCGGCCAACGUUGGCUCGAUCAAGGUCGCCCUCGUCUUUCCCAAAGUAUCGACAAAAGGGCAGCUGGACCACAUCUUGCUGCAGCUUGACAAGUGGCGCUACCAACUCGUUGCAUACCCCAUGCAAGCGGCGAUGAAGCAGAGCUUUGCCAUCGCACGCGUCGACGUCUUCCAUUUUGUCUCGUCCGACACUAUGCACAAGCAGUUCAUCCAAGGCCCCAAGGUCACAAAGAGCCCAACACUGACGCCGUUCCUGCAGCUGGAGACGAGCCACGCACCAAAGGAGCCACUGCAGAUCAAGCUGCGCACCAGCGAAAUGGACAUCGUCCUCGACAUUCCCGUCAUCUUUCGCCACGUGCUGUCGAUCAUCGAAAAGAUGCCCGAGAUCACGUCCUUUAUCACGCUUCUCAGUGGCCCUGUGUACACGGCCUUGACAGCGUACGCAGCGGAAGGCGCAACACCGACAGCGGCAGCAGCCACAUCGGUGACGCCCACAUCUUCACCGGCGUCGCCACCAGCCAAGAAGCGCAGCAACAGCAUCUUCGAGAGCUUCCAGAAGAUGUUUUCAGACGACGACGAGAAGCUGGCUGUGCCGCUGCCCCCAGCCCCGGCGCUUGCAGACGACAAGGACCGCAGCGCCGAGGUCAGCAUGAGCGUGGACAUCGGGGCCAUCUACGUGUCGAUUCCCAGCGUCAACGAGUUUAAGAAAGCGGACGCCGAACGCAUUGUUGAGAUCAUCGUACCAGGCACAAAAUUGCACAUCCACGGCGGCCGCGGCCUCCCGACCGAAGUAUCCACCAACACGCAGAGCCUCGCGACGAUGACACACGACUGGGCAUGGGUCCUCGGCCAGUUUGAGAAGAUCGGCCUCGUGCUCUCUCAGCAGCUAAAGCACAAGACAAAACCCUUCUACACCAAGGAGAUGGCGAGCAAGGCCAAGGUCCAGCGCCUUGAGUACGACAUGCACGAGCUCGAGAAGCAGCUCGCACACACUCGAUGUGUCAUCCGCGACGUCGUCGCAGGCCCCGCCAAGUACAGCAUCGACGAAGGCGACUGCGAUACGCUGCGCAUGAUGGUGCGCGAUAUGCAGCCCAAGAAGGUGGCGUUGGCACCGGCGCCCACCAAGGUCCCGUACCUUGCGCUCUUGCAGCAAGGCUUGAUGCUGCUCAAGCACCACGUGCACAGCGGUGAGCCCCAGUGGCGGCUCGUUUGGACCACGGAGAAGCUCCUACACGUUGCCAAGCUAGCGGAUCGCAAGAAAGCCAACGAGUUUCCGCUGGCGACGCUGCAGCGCGUCACGACGGGCGAGAUGACGCCGGCCCUCGAGCGCAAAGGUAGUGCGAAAGACGCGGCAAAGUACGUGGCCCUCUUCUUCAAGGACGUCGACGCACCGCUGAGCUUCGAGUGCCAAUCCGAAGAAGUGAGCGCGUGGGUGGCCGCCGCACUUCAGAGCCUCGUCCCGUAGCAUCCUCAACUGUCGAUAGACGACGAAGUAACAUUCAAU